CUAUUAGUUGUCCUUCUCCUAUCCAGAACUCGGUAAGCAGGGAUGUAUUCAACCCAUGACCUGUUUGGCUGAAAGUCAAUUGCACGCUAAAAUGCCGCUGGUUCUCAAUCAUUGCCGCAAACUGCCGAUCGUUCACAUCUAUCUGGCCAGCUAGUCUUGUGGUGUAGAACUCCGCAUUCUAUAAUACACUUCCCCGCGGGGUAGUCGGCGAUGCCGAGUGUUUGCGGGGGUGUUGGCACUGUUGAGGGAAUGUUUUGUUAGCAACAGGGUUGUCUUUAAAACUGCAGGAACCACGAGUGAGAGUCCUAUGUCGUCAAAUUUUCACGUUUCCAAUAGCUACGGACAUUGGCUCUGAUUAGGCCAGAAGUCCGACGCUGAAAGUUGCCAGAGCUCUCAAUACGAUGAAAGCCCUCCGAUUUCACGGGAAACGAGAUAUCCGUCUCGAACAGAUCGACGAGCCGGUCGUGCAACCAGGAUGGGUCAAAAUCAAGCCUGCUUAUGUUGGCAUCUGCGGGACUGACCUACACGAGUAUCUAGGAGGCAACAACUUGAUUCCCAAACCAGGUCAUCCACAUGUCAUCACAAAAGAGACAUCACCUGUGACGUUGGGCCACGAGUUCAGCGGUAUUGUUGAAGAAGUAGCUGGUGAUAUCACUGACUUGUGCCCGGGCGACCGUGUUUGCAUCCAACCUACAAUCUACUGCAACGAAUGUUAUUCAUGCCAGCGCAACUUACAUAACGCGUGCACUAGAAACGGUUUUAUCGGAUUGAGUGGCUGGGGAGGAGGACUAGCAGAACAUACAGUUGUACCAAGGUCCGCGGUGUGGAAGUUGCCGGCCAAAGUGUCGUUGGAAUACGGAGCUCUGGUUGAGCCACUGGCCGUCGGAUACCAUGCUGUGACCAUCGCCCCAAUCGCGCAUCCGAUUCAUCCAGACACGCCUAUACUAGUGUUGGGUGGAGGGCCGAUUGGACUAUCAGUCAUACAGGCAAUCCGUGCACAGUCCGACUCUUCACAGACAUCGCCACUUAUCAUUGUUUCGGAACCUUCAAUCACACGGCAGCAGUUCGCUCGAAACUUUGGGGCACGUCAUGUCAUCAAUCCGCUCGAAAAGGAUUUGGUUGCCGAGGUUAUGAGGUUAACCAACAAUAGAGGCUGCGAUGUGGUGCUCGACGCUGCAGGAGUUCAGUCAGGCUUGGACGAGGCAAUGCGCUGCCUACGUGCGGGUGGAACCGUCGUCAACAUCGCGGUCUGGGAGAAGAGAGCAACGUUAGAGAUGAACUCACUCACAUUCAGGGAACGGGCUUACAUGGGAUGCGCGACAUACAGCAACGAAGACUUUGGGCACGUGCUCAGAGCAAUUGACGCAGGCAAAAUCAAACCAGGCUCAAUGAUCACGAAAAUGAUCGGGAUCGAAGACGUGGAAAAUGAAGGCUUUCGCGCAUUAAUUGAGGAAAAGGAUACUCAGGUCAAGAUUCUCGUAGAUAUGGGCGUAGUCAGGCGAAGAGAUAGCGCUGUCGUCAUGUCAAGUCCCCCACCGCCCACACCUGCUAUCGUCAUCUCUGGCGAGCCAAUUGAGUGAGGGAAUAUCCCCUACAGGAAAGUCAGCUGCUCAGAAAAUAGGAUUUGCGAAUAUGAUAUUUAGGCUCGUGUAUGAUAGGCAGAAGUUUGCGCAAUAUCUAAAAUCUACCAACCCAGUCCAUCGUCGUGCAAUGUGCAUGUUACAAUAAA